AUGGAGAAGUUGGUUUCAACUACCGACAAUGCCUCCAUUUCGCCGGACAUGGUGAGGAAGCUCGAUGAGAAGAUCUUGAAACAUUCUCACGAUGCGGACGCUGCAAUGAAGGCGUUUGAGGGCAUGGAUGGACAGGUCAUUGAGUUGACACCAGAGAAGAACAAAGCCUUGCUACGAAAGAUCGAUUGGCAUUUGAUGCCUAUCAUGUGCUUGGUCUACGGCUUGAACUACCUGGACAAGACGACGCUGAGUUACGCGAGUGUUAUGGGUUUGCGACUACCGUCAUCAAGUAACAAGCUCGCUUCUGGAAUCAACCUAACGAGUGACCAUUAUCAAUGGCUGGGCUCGCUGUUCUAUUUUGGUUAUAUCGCGUGGGAGUAUCCCACCACUCGUCUGCUGCAGCUCCUGCCGCUCGGAAAAUACUCCGCUUUCAACAUCAUAAUGUGGGGCCUUGUACUAUCCUGUUUCGCAGCUGUGGAGAACUACGCCGGUGCAAUCGCCAUCCGCUUCUUCCUCGGUGUCUUCGAGUCCGCCGUAACGCCAGGUUUCGCUCUCUUCACAUCACAAUGGUACACAAAGAAAGAGCAAGGUUCACGCACCGCAAUCUGGUUCAGCUUCAACGGCUGGGCGCAGAUCUUCGGUGGCUGUGUCGCGUACGGUAUUGCUGUCGGCUGCCGCGAGACUGGCACUAUUAUCGAACCGUGGAAGAUUGUCUUCCUUGUUACUGGACUCCUGACUACUUGCGUUGGCUUCCUGUUCCUAUGGAUCAUGCCUGAUAACCAACUCAACUGCCGAUGGCUGAGUAAGGAGGAUCAGAUCUUAGCUAUCGAACGUGUGAGGAUGAAUCAGCAGGGAAUUGGAAACAAGCAUUACAAGUUCUACCAGAUUAAGGAAGCGUUGACAGACCCCUUGAGCUGGGCGUUCUUCUUCUAUGCGCUCAUUGCCGACAUACCGAAUGGUGGCAUCUCAAACUUCUUCUCCCAGCUCAUCGUCGGCUUCGGCUACACACCCGAACAAUCCCUCCUCUACGGCACACCCGGCGGCGCAGUCGAAGUCGUCUUCCUGAUCGCCUGCGGUUGGGCUGGGGAUCGCUACGGCUAUCGCGUCCUCAUCUCGAUGAUCGGUCUCUGCACCGCAAUGAUCGGCAUGAUCUUGAUCGUUGCACUGCCCCUCAGCAACAACUCUGGUCGUCUCGCCGGCUACUACCUGACACAGGCCAGUCCCACACCAUUCGUUGCGCUGCUGAGUCUGCUAGCGAGUAAUGUGGCCGGAUACACGAAGAAGACGACUGUUGCUGCUAUGUAUCUGAUUGGGUAUUGUGUCGGUAACAUCAUCGGCCCACAGACUUUCCGCCCUAGCGACGCACCACGCUACGUUCCCGCCGAAGUAACCAUCAUCGUCUGCUGGGGUGUUUGUCUGGGCAUCCUCGCAUUCAUCCACUUCUACUGCGUCCACCAAAACAAGAAAAAGGCCCAGAUCCGCUCGGCGCCGGGCUAUGUGCGGUUGGAGAACCAGGAGUGGCUGGAUUUGACGGAUAAGGAGAACCCUGAGUUCAUCUACACGCUAUGA